UUGUAUAAAUUUCCCAAUGUUUUUAUUGCCACCUAUAUUUUUACCUUAUGUAUCUGCUUUUCUAGGCGAUUUUUCACCGACUAUGAGCACAAUGCCGUGGUUCGGUUUUCUCGCAUUUUCGCUGCAAAUAUCAAAUCAACUUCCAAAGCAGAGAUAUGGUGGCCUUCGAAAACUUUUCAUAAGAAGGUCAACGCUGAGAAGCCGCCUGUCAAAACUGAAAAGAAAAAGUUGGCACUUACAUUUGCUCCGGAUCCUCCUGUUGAGAUGCUGGCACCGGACGAGGAGGCUUUGAUGCUUUCUUCCAAAUCAAAAGUUUCUUCUCAAGCAAGUACAUCACAUGCUAAUGACAAGCAAGCUGAGGACGCAAUGGCUCCUUGGAGGGCAGGACCUGCAAAAAUAUGGUAUGAUCGUGCUGGAGUACCUUCAACGGCGUCUACAUAUGACUAUGGUUUGGUCAAAAGGAGAAGGGAAGACAUAAGCACUCGAGAACAAGCGCAGAAAUUGCUGCCUGCUGAACUUAUUGAGUGGGAAGAUGAAAUUAUGAUUGAGAGCGAUGAUUUUCGGGAAGAAGUCCUGGACGAGCUGAAGUAUGGUGUUGAGCCGGCUUGUGGAUGGGUGCCGACACAGUAUACGAGAACGUACGAGCAGUACAUGCUGGCAGUGAAAAAUGACGCGUUUGAUCUGAUGUUCCAACCGGUUCAGAAGGGAAUAACGCCGUCGCCCAUCACAUUAGCGCCUCAUCCUGAUAUUGUCACCGAACCGAGUGCAUCGCACUCGUUGUUUCCUCAUGAUUUCGUCAGCCAGCUUGAUUACCGAUGGGAGGAUGAUGUGAUCUUGGACCCGAAGCAUGUGGAUAGGAUCACGGAGCCGAAGGUGCUGUCUUUGGACUAUUUGGAUGAUCCCUUGAUUUAUGGAAUGCCGGAUGAUCGACGGUCAGACGAUCCGAUGGACGCUCCAACUAAUAAGCCGUUUGACCGCAAGGAGCAUCAGUUUACGAAGAAGUCGAAAAUGAUACUUGGGCAAGUGCAACAAAGGCAAAAGCAAGAGGAAGAGGAGCAGAUGGAAACCUCUGUUGCGCAAAUGACGGACAAAGAUCCAUUUAACCUCAGUAAUGAUGAUUACUAUCUGCCGAAGACUAUCAAUAAGUCUGGUCCCGCUGGUAAUAGCAUGCUGAUACAGCACUCGAUUCCUGCUCAGAACAUUCAUAGAACGUUCUUCCCUACAUUCCUGUUACCAUCGAAGUUGCGGCACUUCCAUAGGCAACCUCUUUCCAAACGUGUUAUAAGACAGUUCAACGGAAGAUGGGUGGACAUCAAGAAGUUGACCAAGUACAUCAAGAUGAAAGAGGAGCAACGAGAGAAACAGCGAUGUGCCGAAGGUGGUGGCGACAUCUUCUUUAUGCGUGAUGUAGGUGAUCUCAGUGGACGAGAUGGUGAUCUGGCGUUACUGGAAUACUCCGAGGAACAUCCUCCUUUGUUGUGUCAGCCUGGAAUGGCAUCAAAAAUUAAAAACUACUACAAAAAGGUCGGAUUGCAAAGUGCGUUGCCAAAGCCUGGAAAAGAUGUCGAUCCUGAUUUUGAGUACGGUGAUAUGGCCUACUUGCAUACCAUUCCUUUUCUUGGGCAGCUACAACCGGGUCAAGCAAUGCAAUCACGCUCCCAUAUAUCGGCAUUCACCUCAGCACAACGAUUAUUUGCUCAUUCGAAACCGCAGCGGGUAGGCUUUGAUGUUUCACUUGUCCCUGUCAAAUUGCUGAAGUUUAGAUGGUUCAUUCGACCUUGUCCGCCUUUGUUUCUUGUUGGUCAAGAAUGUCCUCUCUAUGAAGUUCCAAGCCCGAACUCUAAACGAGCUACUAUUUUCGUCAGAGAUUUUCUUUUGGUAAGCGAUAUGAUGAUGAUGAUGACUUAUGGUGGUGAAAUUGCGUUCAUCUAUCGUCUGUUUUGGGCUAGUGAGCAUAGACCUCGUCGUUUGAAAAUGGACGAUAUUAAAGCAGCCUUCCCUCACUAUGCUGAGAGUAGCGUACGAAAGCGUUUGAAACAGUGUUCGGAUUUCAAGCGAUUGGGCACAGGACCGGACCAGAAUUACUGGGUGUUGCGACCGGAGUUUCGGCUUCCUAGCAAAGAGGAAGUGUUGGCAAUGGUAACUCCUGAAAUGUGCUGUGCACAAUACAGUAUGCUUGCCGCUGAGCAGAGAUUGAAGGAUGCGGGAUAUGGUGAGAAGUACUUCUUCACACCUGAAAAUGAAGAUGAUUCUGAUGACCAAGUCACCAUCGAGGAUGAGGUGCAGUUCCUUUCUCUGAUCAUAAAAUGUGCUCCUUGGAAUACUACACGUGCUUUUCUGUCUUCAAUGCGGGGAAAAUGUCUUUUGGAUCAAACGGGUAUCGCCGAUCCUACUGGUUGUGGUCAAGGUUUCAGUUACGUUCGUGUGUCACAGAAACCUCAAAAGGAUGACACACCAGCCAUGCCAAAACGUUUGGUUACGGGUACAAAUGCUGAUCUCAGGAAACUGCCACUCAAAGAAGCCAAGGAGAUUUGCAGAGAUUAUGGUGUGCGAGAAGAGGAGAUAAAUGCGCUAUCUCGAUGGGAAAUUAUUGAUGUCAUUCGAACUUUAUCUACGCAAGCAGCAAAAGCCAAAGCAGAUUCUUCUGGAGAUCAUACAAAUGUUUCUGGGAUGGCACGAUUCGCUAGGGGUAAUAUCCGUUUCAACUUCGCUGAUAUGCAAGAAAAGUACAAAAAGCACUGUCAGCACAUAUUCGACUUGCAAAACCAAACCUUAGCCAAUCCCGAAGCUCUUUCGACUGAUGAAGGCAGCUCGGGUGAAGAUUCUGACAAUGAGGAAUUGGCUACAAGGCUGGAAACGAUGCUGCAAGCCAACAAAGGUAAGGUUUGGCACUUAGCACUGCAUGUUGGCCAUCGGCAAAAAUUUGCAGGAAAAAAGCACAUAUCAAUGUCGGAAAGAGCUAGGAUGGAGUUCGAGAGUGAAGAGAAGGAGCGACAAGAUCUUAAAAGAAUGGUACAUGGCGAUGCACCCAUCAAGACGGAGAAGGACAAAAAGGAGGCCACUGCUGAGGAGAAGAAAAACGUCUCCAAAAUUGGUGAGGAUCUGGCCGCAUCUGCGUCGAAAAUCUCUGGUAUCACAGCCAAUCAAAAGCUGAAAAUCUACCGAACAAUGAAGAAUCCAGAUGGAACUGAAUCGGUGAGAAACAUCUAGAU